AUGGUCGUCCGCCUUCUUCGUUCCGUCGUGCGUAACGAUGCCAUGAAGAGUGAUCCCCCGGAGAUCUACAACUGGCGCGUCUUUGCCCUCGUCGGCGCGUCUUGCUUCGGUGGCAUGCUCUUCGGCUGGGAUACUGGUGCGAUUGGAGGAGUCUUGGCCAUGGAGGCCACUCAGGCUCGCUAUGGUUACACGCCCGCGGCCAAGGUGACGCUCGACCAGAACAUCGUCUCGACUCUUCAGGCCGGAUGCUUCCUCGCUUGUUUCUUCACCUCCUGGCUCACCGAGAAGUUUGGUCGACGAUGGUGUCUCAUCGGAACUGGCACUGUCACCACGAUCGGCGUAGUCUUCCAGGCUGCUUCUACCGCUAACGGAUCCUUGGCUGUCAUGUAUGUUGGUCGCUUUGUCGCUGGUCUGGGUGUCGGAGCCGCCUCGACUCUGGUCCCGUUGUAUGUGUCUGAGUGCGCCCCGCGAGCUAUUCGUGGCGGUUUGACUUCUUUCUAUCAACUGUUCAUCGUGACUGGUGUCAUGCUUUCUUUCUGGAUUAACUACGGCGCUCUUCUUCACCUCAAGGCACCCACAGUCUACGCUCUUCCCCUGGCCCUCCAAGCUCUUCCUGCUGUUCUUUUGAUCUGUGGCAUGCUGCUUGCCCCUGAGAGCCCUCGUUGGUGUGCACGCAAGGAUGACUGGGAACGCGCUACUGCACUUCUUGUCAAGCUCCGAGGUCUUCCCGAGGACUCCGACUAUGUCCAGACCGAGAUCCAGGAGAUGUCUGCCCAGCUCGAGGCUGAGAGACGGCUUACUGGCGAUGCCAGCGCUUCUACCCUCUGGAAGGAGAUGGUCACCAUUCCCGGAAACCGAAAGCGAGCUAUCCUGUCCAUCAUGCUCAUGGUCUGCCAGCAGAUGACUGGUGUCAACGCUGUGAACUACUAUGCUCCUCAGAUCUUCCAGGCCCUUGGCAUGACUGGCACGACGGUUUCUCUCUUCGCCACUGGUGUUUACGGUAUUGUCAAGGUUGUGGGCUGCGCUCUGUUCCUCGUCUUCUGCGCCGAUUCUCUUGGCCGACGUCGCAGUCUGCUGUGGACCAGCUGUGCUCAGGCCGUUACCAUGUACAUCAUCGGCAUUUACGGCCGCGUGGAGCCCCCCGUUAAGGGACAGGAUAUCUCGGCUUUCGGAUAUGUCGCCAUCGUCUGUAUCUAUCUCUGGGCCGCCGUCUUCCAGUUCGGUUGGGGACCCUGCUGCUGGAUUCUCGUCUCUGAGAUCCCGACUGCCCGUCUUCGAGCCUUGAACGUUGCCAUCGGCGCAGCAACGCAGUGGCUGUUCAACUUUAUCAUCGCACGAACUGUUCUUACCAUGCAAAAGACCAUGGGUCCGGCUGGCUAUGGAAUGUUCUUCAUGUUCGGAAGCUUCGGCGUCCUCAUGGGUCUCUUUGUGUGGUUCUUUAUCCCUGAGACCAAGGGACUCAGUCUGGAGCAAAUGGACGAGCUCUUUGGCGUUGUUGAGAUGACCAAGAAGCUCGAUGCCGAGAAUCCCGAGAUGGGCCGUACCACGAGCAUCCGGGAGGAGCGAGCUGAUAUCAAGGAAUCCAAGCAGUAA